GGUUUUGUUCCGGAAUCGCGAGCGGGGGGCGGAGACGGAAUAUUUAGAUGAGCCGUGAUUGACAGCCCGUGUUUCUCCGGCGCUCUCAGAAACUCGCCUGCUCCUUCCAGCAACUCUUCACUCUCCACUCCGGAGCACUACAAACAAACGGACGCUAGGGGAUCUCCAUGACGGCGCCGCGCUGAUCGCUCUUCCUCUUUUGCGCUUUUAUUUAUUUUCUUUUAUUAGUUCCUCCGUGCGCGCGCGGGUUCAAUGCGCUGAUCGCGUCCAUCGGCCCGUUCUCUGCCCCGCCGCGUUCCUGUUCCGGAGAAGCCGUGAUCAUGUCCUAUCCUCAGGGUUACCUCUACCAGCCCCCCGGCUCUCUGGCGCUCUACUCCUGUCCGCUGGCCGCCCCGAGGAGCGAGGAGCUGGCCCGGUCCUCGUCCGGCUCGGCGUUCAGCCCGUACCCCGGGUCUGCGGCGUUCAGCGCCUCGGCCGGCGGCUUCUCCAGCCCUCUCCCCUACUCCACCGACCCAGCCGCGGGAUUCCCGUCCUACAUGGGCUCUCCGUACGACGCGCACACUACGGGAAUGGCGGGAGCCAUCAGUUAUCACCCGUACGGGAGCCCCGGUUACCCGUACCAGCUCAACGACCCCGCGUACCGGAAGAACGCCACGCGGGACGCGACGGCCACUCUCAAAGCGUGGCUCCAGGAGCACCGGAAGAACCCCUACCCCACCAAGGGCGAGAAGAUCAUGCUGGCCAUCAUCACCAAGAUGACCCUCACGCAGGUGUCCACCUGGUUCGCCAACGCCAGGAGAAGACUGAAGAAGGAGAACAAGAUGACGUGGGCGCCGCGGAAUAAAAGCGAGGACGAGGACGAGGACGACGGCGACGGGGAGAGAAAAGACGAGCGCGCGGAGAAAAACAUGGAGAACAGCGAGGCGUCAGCCGAGGACGAAGGCAUCAGUCUGCACGUCGAUGCCCUGACAGACCACUCGUGCUCGGUGGAAUCGGACGGAGAGAAGGUCACGUGCGAUUCCGGAGCCGAUAGCAAGGACAAAUGCGACGCGGGCGAUCCGGACGCGGUCCGCGAGGACAGGCAGAGAGGCCCUUCGCCCAAGCCGCUGACCUCCUCUCCUCUGACGGCCGUGGAGGCCCCGCUCUUGACCCAUCAUCACCGAGAGGACACCCGGAACAGCGCCAACAAAACAUGCCUGGACGGACAAAACCAAAGCGUCAAGCCUAAGCUGUGGUCGUUAGCCGAGAUCGCCACUUCGGACCCGAAGCAGCAGCAGAACUGUCCCCCGGGCGUCGGCCUUUUGACCUCCGCGGCGUCCGGCGCGUCUCCGGCGGGCUCGGUGUACCCCGCCAGCUCCAUACUAGGAAGGCCGCUUUAUUACACCUCGCCGUUUUAUAGUAAUUACACAAACUAUGGCAACUUCAGCCCUCUGCAGAGCCAAGGGAUACUGCGCUACAAUUCAGCUGGAGAGGGACUCCUGCACAAACAGAGCGGCGAGCCUCUGCUGAAGACCAGCCCGAACCAGCCCGAGCAGCACUUCAGGGCCUCCGACGCGGAAUCCAAAAAAGACCCCGGCGAGGUUUUCACAGUAAGAUCGCAGUCCUACCUGUCGAGCUAAACACGAGGGAGAUCUCUCAAGUAGGUGUCACAAUUGCUUUGAACAAAGCGAACAAGCCAUCACCCCUCUCUCUCUCUCUCUCUCUCUCUAUGUCUCUCUCUCUCUCUCUCUCUCUCUCUCCAAGCUGUUUUAAACUAACAUUUGCUCUUACGCGGAUCCUUUUGUGUGCCACUGUACACCCACGGACUACAGAGCACCUGCCUAUAGAACAAUAACACGUGAAAGAAAAGAAAAGAACCGAUUUUAAGGCACAAUAGCCGGAUGAACUGUUGAUCACCGAUCGACCAACCGAUUGAAGUACUUUAUCCCAACACAUGUGACUUUUCGACGAGGAGACUUAUUUCUCAGGAUCCCUAUAGUAGCUUGCUCGCCACCGGUCGUGCGCGCGCGCGCGCGGACGUGCUCGACCUUCUCUCGGACUCGUGCUAGAGGAACUCGGGACUGGCAUAAACUUGAUUAAGAGUGGAAUACAUUUGAUAUUUAUUUUUGUAAUGCCUAUAAUUUAUGCAAGUUGUAUUGCAACGGUAUCUGAGCAUUGUUUUGUAAAUAAAUUACGAUUGGUUUUUAUUUAAAAAAGCCGAGGUUACGCAAUGUUGUUAACAAGGAGACUUUUACUAAUUUAUAUCUCUGAUUGUAAAUAAAAUGCGCUAGUCUGCACUGGCACCAUU